AUGGCAAGUCACGGUCAGCAAAUUCCUGUCCCUCUCACUGACAGCGACGCUCCCGCUCCAGCCGCUGCCGAAGCCGCGCGCUGGACCUGCCCCAUUUGCAACGACGACGGCCUCCUUAGCAAUAGGUACCGCCACCUUUCCAAGCACACCACACAAUGCUGGUGGCACCCAUGCCCGGACGGUUGCCCCAAAUUCGAUGCUCCGAGAGGACUGACGGAUCACCUCCUUCAUGCUCAUAAUGGGCGUAACGCCCUGUGCCCGUGGCCUAAAUGUGAACACAGGCUCUCAACGCGUAGCGAUGUUAGAGUUCUACAUUUGCGUCAACACAUUUUCGCCGAAGAGGAGUAUUGCCUGGCACGUGGUUUCACUCCUGGAGGCCAGCGGAUCCAAACGAUUCAUAGGCGCCGCCGACAACCACGUACACCGCCUCCUCUUCUUACUCAACCGCCUAUGCUGCCCCCUCAGCCGCCUGUGCCGCCUCAUCAAGCGUACAUGCCUGCUCUUUCUCAACCAUUCCCUACGCCGCAUUACUUAGUCCCAGCUCCGCAUCAGCAAGCGGUCAUGUCUCCUCAACCACUGCCGAUCCCCAUUGACCCUCAAAUCCUCGCGGAGGAGUCCCGUUUGGCACUUAUGCCGCCUCAUCCAGUCCAUAUGCAAUCUCGUCCCGUCAACACUCACCCCCAAGCAAGCCUGUCGUCUCAAAAUCCCCGAGGCCCCUCAGGCGAGGAUCUGGACGAGGCGGAUGAUUCUCAAGAUGGUGCUGGACUCGUUGACAAGCAGCCCAAGAAUGCGGAGGAUUGGGAGAAGGCCUGA